CUGCUAUCAAAUAGCGUAGUCUCAGUCUCUCUCUUUAGUUACAUUUAGCCACUCUAUAGAUAGAUAAUUGAAUUGAUGUGAAAAAAUUGAGCCUUGUGAGCUCAAUUGAGAUGAAUCAUAUUCGAUCUUUACACAUGCAUACUUCACUGUUUCAUUGAUGGAUCCAAUUUAGCCAAGGGUAUAACCGACUUAAAAUAAAGGAUUCUUGGAUUAAAUGGUGAAGUUGUUGCCAUGUAAUCAGGAAGUUCAAGCCUUGGAAAUAGCGUAAGUUGCUGCCAUGUAAUCAGGAGGUCACUGGUUCAAGCCGUGGAAAUAGCCCCUGGCAGAAAUGCAAGGUAACCUGCCUACAAUAGACCCUCUUGUGGUCCGGCCCUUCCGUGGACAUCGCGCAUAGUGGGAGCUUUAGUACACCAGGAUGACCUUAAAAUGAGUGAGAUAAAAGAUGGUCUUUUACCCUUCUAGUCUAACUGCAAUAACUGCCCCUUCUAACUGAUCAAACUGCUUACAAUACUCUCCUCAAGCUGGAGUGUGAAAGUUGGUGAGCAGCAGUACCAAGGCAGCCCUUGGUGAGGAAAGUUCCAUAAAAUUCAAAAUCGCAUUACCAAAGGUUGUACUUAACAUUAAAAAAAGCACAAAUUGUACUUUCACCUUUCAACAAAUCUUGUAAAUUAGAGGAAUAACCUACUAUUCCCUAGUUCCUUGUACCUUUUUGGUGCUUCUGUGAAGUUUUAGUUUGUAUAAAAGGCUUGGCGGUUCUUUUUAACUGGGAAGUCUAAAGCAUCAUGGAAUAAAAGACUUUGUGACUUUUGUGCAAAACCAUAUUCUUUUGUAGACUCUCUACUUUUUUUUUCUUUUUUUUUAAUGAAGUUGUAGUUGUACCUUUUGAUAUACUGCUUGUUUACUGGAGUGUUUUUUGCUGUUAAUAAAAUUAUUUUACCUUAUAAAAGCUGUAAGUUAGUCUUGAUCAGAUGAAUGAAACUACUUGAUGCUGCAGCAUCAACUAUUUUGUGUUUAUUAGAGAGUUGUGGACUGCACCUUGUAAGUUCCAAUCAAAAUUGUGCUAUAUUGCAUCUCGAAGAUUUGUGGAGAUUGAGGCUUCCUCUGAAUAAGCGGCUUCUAUUGUCAUUCUUCAUUUUGGGAUUAACUGGUAUUUUUGGUAACCAACUGUUGUUCCUUGUUGGUCUUGGGUACACAAAUCCAACUUAUGCUGCUGCGUUGCAACCUGCAAUACCAGUUUUUACGUUCAUACUUGCUGUACUUAUGGGUACAGAAACCGCAAAGCUUCUUACUGUGGAAGGUCAGGCAAAGGUUGGAGGUACCAUUGUUUGUGUUUCUGGGGCAAUUUUCAUGGCUGUAUUCCGUGGUCCAGCGGUGUUCGGAGACGGCACAUCAGACUUCACAGCACAAAUUAAGAUAGGUGCUCAGGGUCAACCGGAGCCUGCUGGAUGGCUAAUGUCUAGUUUUCUGGAUUUGGGGUUUGAUAAUUGGCACCUCGGCGUCUUAUGCUUAAUAGGAAACUGUAUGUGCAUGGCAGCAUACCUAGCUAUUCAGGCUCCAGUUUUGACAAAAUACCCGUCAAGCUUAUCAGUGACAGCAUAUUCGUACUUUUUUGGCGUUCUAUUAAUGAUAGGGACGUCGUUUUUUAUGACAAAUGGAUCGGCAGAUUGGUAUCUGACACCAUCCGAAGUUGUCGCUGUUUGCUAUGCUGGAAUUGUUGCAUCAGCGCUGAACUAUGGACUUAUGACAUGGUCCAAUAAGGUUCUCGGUCCUUCUUUAGUUGCUUUAUACAAUCCACUUCAACCUGCUGCAUCAGCAAUUUUGUCUAGUAUUUUUCUUGGGAGCGCUAUUUAUCUGGCAAGCAUUUUGGGAGGACUUCUCAUUAUAGCUGGGCUUUAUUUAGUUACUUGGGCAUCUUACAGACAAAGGCAGGCCACCAUGGGAACUGUUCCUCAUUCUCCUCGGAUAACGGAUCCCCUAAUCCCAUAUCAGAUAGGACACAUUUUCUCUGGUCCUUCUUCCUCAAUGCCAAAGAUCAGUGAUUAGAUAUUGCUACAGAUUUCAUUUGCAUGUCCUUUUCUUCAUCUUUUUCAUGAUAAUAUGUAUAGUUCACUGCGAAAAAGAAUGACAAAUAUGUAUUGCAGUUCUAUUCAAGUUUUUUUUCCCUCUACCAAAAGGAAUUCAAACUUUGUAUACUUAAUCUCCAAGAAAUCCAAUUUCCUCCA